AUGUCUUGGCUUGCCCAUUCCUUCUGCGGCUGUCCUGAUGGUGUGUCCUUACUGGGCCUCCCCUCACCUCUGCUGUUCUCACUCAGAUCAUCUGAAGAGGAAAGACAUUGCAUUCCUAACUUCAGGAGUCAUGGACCAGCCCAGACCGUGGUGAAGCAACCAGUUCGAGGCGCCAGUGGGAGGACCACACUCACAGCGAUUGUUCAGACCGGUGGGGACUGGAGCACCGGCCUCUUCAGUGUCUGCAGAGACAGGAAAAUUUGUUUCUGUGGUCUGUUUUGUCCCAUGUGUCUUGAGUGUGACAUCGCCAGGCAUUAUGGAGAGUGUCUUUGUUGGCCACUGUUACCUGGGUCUGCCUUGGCACUGAGAACUGGCACCAGAGAGAGACAUAAAAUCCAGGGCACAUUGUGUGAGGAUUGGCUGGCAGUGUACUGCUGUUGGCCUUUUUCCAUCUGCCAGGUGGCCCGGGAACUCAAGAUGAGAACCUCUCAACUCUAUGAAAUCUGUGAAGUCCCUUCAACCAAGGACACCCUGGUCUGAUAGAACAAAAUAACUCCUUUCCCUUACUCCUUCCCUA